GAGAAUCUGGGAGGUUGUGAGUAUCCCGAUGUGUGUCGCGAAUUGCUGAGGUUCAGCAUCACCUCCCUCAUUGGAUUCAGCAUGGGGGAGAAAUCAGGAAACUGUAGGGUUCCAGAGGAUCUGUUCAAUGGCUUGAAGGUUACAGAGCCCCAGGAAACAGAGUGUACUGGCCAUCUAGUUUCUGAUCCCAAAGAUCAGCAUUCCCAGAACAAGCUGCUCAGGGAUGAUGAGGCCUGUUCCCAGGAGGACCAGGGAGAAGAGGAGUGUUUUCAUGACUGCAGCGCCUCUUUUGAUGAGGAGGAGCCAGGAGUGGACAAGAUUGAGAAGAAACCUGAUGAUGAUGUGAAUUCCUCUGAACUAGAUGAAGAAUACCUAAUAGAACUAGAAAAAAACAUGCCAGAAGAAGAGAAACAGAAAAGAAGAGAAGAGAGUACUAAACUAAAAGAGGAGGGAAACGAGCAGUUUAAGAAAGGAGAUUAUAUAGAAGCUGAAAGUUCUUAUAGUCGAGCCCUUGAGACGUGCCCAUCCUGUUUCCAAAAAGACAGAUCUAUUCUGUUUUCAAAUAGAGCUGCCGCGAGGAUGAAACAGGAUAAGAAAGAGAUGGCCAUUAAGGACUGCAGCAAAGCAAUUCAGUUAAACCCUAACUAUAUCAGGGCAAUAUUGAGGAGAGCAGAGUUGUAUGAGAAAACGGACAAACUAGAUGAAGCCCUAGAAGAUUAUAAAUCUAUAUUAGAAAAGGAUCCAUCAAUACAUCAAGCAAGAGAAGCUUGUAUGAGAUUACCUAAGCAAAUCGAAGAACGAAAUGAAAGACUGAAAGAAGAAAUGUUAGGUAAACUAAAAGAUCUUGGGAACUUGGUUCUCCGACCGUUUGGGCUCUCCACAGAAAAUUUCCAGAUCAAACAGGAUUCCUCCACUGGCUCCUACUCCAUUAAUUUUGUUCAAAAUCCAAAUAAUAACAGAUAACAAAGAUAACAAUAGCUUUAAAGGGUGACUUGGAAAUUGCGUGCUGGUUGCUGUUAGUAAGGGGAAAGGCCCUGCCAUUGUUUAACUUUUAAAAGCAUCUUAUCUAAAAGAGAGGCUAUCCUGUAGAGCCCAGUGCUCCCUUCCCCUCCUGUUUUACAGUCAGGGUGCAAUGUACUUCCUGGUGUAAUGAGCCCAGUUUGAUUUCCAUUUUAAGUUGGUGUCUGUAGGUUUCGUUGGUUCUGGCUGUCUCUUGUGCAGGAAGCAGCCCACUUGAGGCUUCCUGUGCCACACACACAACACCCCCCAGAAGCCUCUCCUGAGCUGAGCAAAUCUGCUGGUUGGGAGACUGUGCAGACAUGAUUGACGAUGACACAGUGUUCCUGCCUGCUGUCCCCCUCCCUGUUCACCCACACUAACAAGCUGAUGUGCGUGGCCUCCAUUUCCUGAUUCCCAAGCUCCUCUGUGGUAAUAAAAGCUUUCUGUGAUGGUCUGA